CGCUCCUCCCCUUUUUAAAACCUCAUUUCCACUGGAGUGUUCACGCUAUACACAGCCGUGAGGGACGUCGUGAGGGGCAUUUUUAUCUGAUUCGUCAGAUCAAAUGUGUCGUUUUUAGUCGAGUUGCAGUUUCAGUUUUAGUAAAAUGUCGAAUUGGGCGAAACCAGCCGCAGGUGUGCGGAGACCGUCCGGCAGUCCAAACGGAAGUGCUCAGCAGCUGCGGCUGUUCCGGAGAGCGGCUCCGUACCCGAGUAGAGAAGAAAGAACCGAGGAGCUAAAGGAUGCUCUGGACAGUUAUGAAGAACUGGAACAGCUUCAAGGUUACUCCACUAGUGUCAAGUUUGAGGCAUACAAACCUCAGCCAAGUGUCUUGAACCCGCCAGUCAAAACCGAGGUCGUCACUCCGGCGGACAGACGUAAAGCUCUGUACCAGAAGUUCUACAAGCAGGUCCAGGAGGAGAGAAAGCCAGCCGACUGCGUGGUCCUGUCAGUCACCAACAAGUUCCUGGAUUACCCCAAAUCGCUAAGCCAGUGCUUGCAGGAGCGUGGCCUGUCAGUGGAAAUGCUGUACCUUCAAGUGGAAUCGGGCCUGACCCGGGCCCUGCAGGACGUCCGAGCAGACGGCUCCCCGUUAUGUAUACUGGUGGAGCAGAAAAACGUAGCUCUGUCCUCCUGCACUGUUAUCAUAUUCUCAGAGUCCCUCAAAAUCCACCGUAACAUGCCUAAAGACCAGGCUCUGGACUUUGUCCAAGCCGAGUACAGUCGCGGACUCCUCAAGGAGAGUUCGCCAAGGGAUCCUGCAGACAUCGCAGCGCAGGCAUCGCAGCUGCUGGACGACUUUCUGGAUCGAGAAAAAAUUGCACGGCACACGGUUCCCUCCGAAAUCCGACAUCUCCUCUCGCUGCUAGCCGACGGGGUGCAUCUGUAUUUGGAGGAGCUGGAAUCCAUCUCUGAGUACGUCGCUUCUCGACAGGACCAUUUGCAAGCUCUGGCCUUAGGUGAUGAGGAUGAUAAAGGGAACAUGAUACCCCCAGGAUUGGGGAAACCCCCUCCUCUGCUUCCUACUCCUCCCGGCCCAUCGCCUCAGUCUGCCUCAGUAGGAUCUCUUGGGGACCACUCUCCACCUGUAUCUGUAGGUCUGCUGCCGACACCAGGCUCUUUCCCCAAAACCAAACCUCCUCCGCUCCUGUCUUUGCAUCGGACUCCUCCUGGGAUGUCUUUAGGACCCCUGGGUUCCCGGGUUCCCCCGUCCUCUCUGGAUCCAUACGGAGCUCCUGGUUUGUCCCGAGGGCCGCUGCUCCACCACGCUCCUCCGCUCUACCCGGGCCUCCGGUCCAGGCCCAGGGCGGCUCCUCCAUCCUUGAAGGGUUCUCGUCCUCCUCUUCUGUCAACACCAGUUGGUCCCCAUCUGCGACUGGGUGGACCGAGACACUGAAGGCCGACGCUGCAACACAAAGCGUUUUAGUAUUUCAGAUGACUUCAGAGCAGGAAGUUUCCAGAGGAAUCCCCUGUUUGUGUUUCUUAUUAAAAUAAUAACAGUAAAUUUAAGUGAUGCAUAUUUUCAUGUUUUGAUGCGGUUUUCUUUUUAUUGUUUCCGGCUUUUAACCUCUGACUUGCAGCAAGAAGUUAAAACUUGCUCUUGCUGCAAAUAGUCCAGCUUUAUUUCCAAUUUUCUGCCAUUUCUUUUUCUGAUGAAGUUUCAUAUUUAAGGAGCAAAUGUAACUUUUUCUUUGUGGCGGUAACAUCAGCAGCAACACAAAGAGCAACGUUGCUCUUUGUGACAAAGUACAAAAGUUUAAACAUUAUUCAGCGAAAAAAAAAAAAAAAAAGUUUUUCAUGAUUUAUUGUGUAGGAUUUAAUUUUUGAUAUGCUGCAUAUUUUUGUUUAUAAAAUUCAGUUAAAUAUGUAAAUGUUCAUCCUUUUCUUACUGCAUUGUGGACAGAGACUUUAGAUCCCAUGGACUCGAACGCACCAAACUGCAGACAUUAAGUAUAAGUGUUGAGCGUAUUUCUUUCUGAAAGGCCUGUUUGUUCCGUAUUUCUGAUACUAAUUAAAUCUUGUCAUUUUUUUCUUUUAGAUGUAA